AUGGAGCACUUUAGAGCUAUGUUGGAUGAAAAUGGCAAUGACGAUGAUUACUUAUACGACGGCAGUAACUACUGUGCGUCGGAGCAAGCUGAAGAAGCAAUUUGUGUUGAUGGCUCAAGUGAUGACAUUCCAGAAGAUUAUGUUUUGGCAUUGCCUAUUACAAAAAACAUAUCACUACUGGAGGUAGGGGAAAAGUCAUCGGAGCUUGCAGCAAGCUCGAGCUGA